CACUGACUUUAUUAUUGUAAAACGAUGGAAAGGGUUUUUUGAUGGAAUCGAAUCUUGUAUUUGUAUUCAGGCUGAUGGUAACAGCUCGAGAAAUGUUUCUCAUUAUCCCAGUAAAGGAGCUAGAGAUUGUAUUACUACACAAACUAUAAUCAAACCAUAACUUUAAAAAGCGGGUGGCAAAAAAAAAAAUUAGACUUAAAAAAAAGUAAUCAUGGUAUUGCAUUAUAGUGAUCUGAAAAACUGUAUCUUCAAUUUGGACAAACCCAUUCUGAUGGGUUUUUAUCAUUAUUGACAAAUAGAUACAUUCUCCACAGUCUUUUUUGUUGUUGUUAUUGUUCAUCCAUGACGUCGGUGGUCCAAUUAAUUCAAACGUAUUUUUUUAUAUUUUAUUUUUUCGUAUACAGGUUGCUAAUAUUUCAAUGGCUUCUGUGAAACGAAAGUAUUCCUACGAUCUAAUAGAUCCUCAACAAGAAAACGAGAAAAAAUUUGCGCCAGACACCCAGCAAGUAGCAGAUCUUGAAAAUGAAGAGGAUAAUGACGAAAUUAAGCAGUUUUCCUCGGAUCAACGACUGGCUUUAGACGAUGAACCCAUUUGCACAGUCUGUGGAAAAUAUGGAGAGUACAUUAACGACGAGACAGACCAAGACGUAUGCAGUCUCCAAUGUAAAGCAAUCAAUGCAGAUCUAUGCGGACGUGCACGUUCCAAAAAGAAAAAGACGAUGACAGUUAUCGGCCAUGUUCACGAUUAUGUAGCAGAAAACAUACACGCUAAACUAACCAAUUACCAAGAACCCGACUCGAUUGCUACUCAAUCACCACAACAAGUAACGCAAAUGUUGCAAGCACAUGAAGUUGAAGUGACAGGAAGCCAUGUUCCUAAACCGUUCAGCACGUAUGACCAACUGCGUCAAACACUAGGCGAGACUAUAUUAAAAAAUAUCGAGUCAUUAGGAUGGAGCAUGGCUACAGGUAUUCAAAGACAGGCCGUGACAAUUGGUCUUGCGGGCCGUGAUAUGUUGGCCAUUGCGCCUACGCACUCUGGCAAGACGGGGUCUUUUCUGAUCCCACUGUUGGUGCAUUGUGUUUCUCUCUCGGUACAAGAUGAUUAUAAAAGACGUGCGGGGCCCUAUGCGCUCAUCAUGGCACCCACACGAGAACUUUGUUGUCAGAUCGAACUGGUGUGUAAAAGAUUAGCUACGGGGUUAAGAAAUAUGCGAACAUGUUUAUUGAUUGGAGGAGAGCCACUACCAAAUCAACUUUUUCGACUUCGUAAAGGAUCACAAAUCAUUAUUGGUACACCGGGACGAUUAUUGGAUAUAGCUACACACCACCCAAAGUUAUUAAGGUUAUGGAGCGUCCGAAUGCUGGUAUUGGAUGAAGUGGAUGCAAUGUUUAGUUUGGGAUUCGGCACUCAAGUCAAACAAAUCAUGGGUAAAUUUCCUGACACGACGAAGCGACAAACACUUUAUUUUUCAGCCACGAUGAGUGAUGACAAAAUGAUGGCAGGUAUUUACAAGAGACUAAGGACCCCGAUAGAAUUAAAAGUGAGCCAGCGAAACAAGAAGGAUACGAUACCGGAAGCAAGUGACCAGGUACGACAAACAAUCAUCUGGGUUGAUAACAAGAGUAAAGCGAAAAGACUGUUUUCGAUUCUGGGAGAUUCAAAGUAUUUUGUGGUUCCCAUCUUGAUCUUUGUGGCUAGUCGACUAGGAUCUGAAUUCUUGACAAGAGCCAUCAAGAAAAAAUGUCCUCAUCUAAAAGUCAUGUCAAUGCACGGAGAUAAAACACAAGAGGAAAGAUCCGUGAUUAUUGAGGGCAUCAAUCAGGCUGAACCGUUGUGGGAUGUGAUUGUGUCGACGGAUGUGUUGGCAAGAGGUAUUGAUCUGCCGUCCGUUCGGCUGGUGAUAAAUUAUGAUAUGACGACAACAUUGGAUGACUACGUGCAUCGUAUUGGACGUGCUGUAUUACACAAACCCAUUCAACAUAAUGUCAAACAGCAGCUUGGAUGGUCUAUUACAUUUAUAAACGAGGAGCAUCAAUAUUUGUUUGAAUCUUUUGUAAAGAUGCUUUCAACUAAAUCAUUAGCACAAGUCACCCCAUUACCCUCUCAACUAAAACGAUACUUGUAAAUCGUUCAUGUUUCAAUCCCCCAUAUUUAUAUAUACCAUUUUGAAACUUAUAAAUGAUAAAAAAAAAAAACCUUUAUAGUUUCAAAAAAAGAAAACAAACAAAUGCAAGCCUUCUUAAUCAGAUAACGCAUACAUGUAUAAAUAGGGAGAGCAAAUGUUGGACAACCCUUUUUUCUCUUUUGACUGUAGAUAAUCAAAAAACGUCACAUUAUAAUAAUAAUAAUAAAAAAAAAAAUGUUGAAAAAAAUUUCAGGCACGAAAAAAAAGAUAUUUGCAGGUUCUUCUCUUUCAUUAUUUUGUUAUACGAUGCCGCAGAUAUUGAAAA